ACAAUCAGCCAGAUUCCCUGCUCAAACAGGAUUCAGCUCUGUCAAAUUGUAGCAAAAUUACAUUUCAAGUGGUUUCAAGUGAUAGGCGAAGCAGGUCUACACAAUAAUGGAAGAGGGCAAGAGCUCAAAAAGUGGAAAUCAUGAAUCAAGAAAAUCUGCCCACGUCGUCUGUGAGGAAAGUAAAACUGCCCGACUUGCAACCAAUCAGAAUUAUAAACAUAACAAAAAUGACAAAUCUGUAAAAGAAGCCGUGAAGAAUUCUUUAAGUGGAAACAGUACUAAAAAGAAUAAGCAAAAUGAAGUUUGUACUGAAAAGUCAGGGGGAAACAAAUCAUGUAAGACAAAUAGUGGCAUUGCUGGAUGCAAAGACUUGGGGUUAGACCCUCAGGAUCAAAGACAUGGCAAAACAAAAGGAUUACCAAAUUUACCAGCAGCAGAAGAAAACCUGAAACCUGAGUCUAGUGAUCAGCACAUGGAUGAAAAUUCUCUGAGCUCCCAUCUUUCAGGGAAUGGUGGCAGCACUGAAACAUCACCAACUGCAGAAAGAGAAGCUUCUGAACUGGAAAAUCCUUCAGGAGAUGAUGCAUCCAAAAUCGUUAUGAAUUGGCCUACUGACUCAGGCAAGAGUGGUUUGGAUCAGAAACCAAAGGAGCACAAGUCUGAAGACUCCUGUAAAAUGAAGAAUACUGAUUCUGCUAAAGAAACUAAUUCUGAAGGUGAUUAUUUAGAAAGUGUAACAGUAAUUGAUGAAUCUACACUGAUGGCAGAACAGCAGCUAGGCUUGAAACAAGCCGAAGAACGACUGGAAAGAGAUUAUAUCAUCCGCUUGGAAAAAAGAUCUCCUGAGUACUCUAAUUGUCAGUACCUAUGCAAGCUCUGCUUAGUUCAUAUUGAAAAUAUCCAGGGAGCUCACAAACAUAUUAAAGAGAAACGCCAUAAAAAGAAUAUCAUGGAAAAGCAAGAAGAGAAUGAACUACGUGCUCUUCCUCCCCCUUCACCUGCACAAGUAACUGCCCUGAGUUUUACAUUGAUGGAGGCAGCAAAGGAACAAGGCAUAUCUGAUAAUGAUUUCCAAAUCCGCCAAAAAAUUGUAUAUGAGAUGGAGAAGAUAAUUCAGCAGUCCUUACCAGAGUGCUCAUUGAGGAUGUAUGGGUCUUGUCUAACUAGAUUUGCUUUUAAGACGAGUGAUGUAAAUAUUGAUAUAAAAUUUCCUUCCAAGAUGAGUUAUCCAGAUGUUUUGAUACAGGUGCUUGAUAUUUUAAAAAACAGCGCUUCUUACUCUGAUGUGGAAUCAGAUUUCCAUGCCAAAGUUCCUGUUGUUUUUUGUAAAGAUGUUAAAAGUGGUUUAACUUGUAAAGUAAGUGCUGGAAAUGAUGUGGCCUGCCUUACAACUGACCUGCUGGCUGCACUCGGCAAACUAGAGCCAGUCCUUGUUCCUUUGGUGUUGGCUUUUCGCUACUGGGCUAGAUUGUGCCAUAUUGAUUGUCAGGCUGAAGGUGGAAUCCCCUCAUAUUCCUUUGCCUUAAUGGUGAUAUUUUUCCUUCAACAAAGAGAACCACGUAUAUUACCAUCAUAUUUAGGCAAUUGGAUUGAAGGCUUCGAUUCUAAGAAGGCUGAUGAUUACCAGCUAAAGGGCAUUGAAGAUGAAAAGUUUGUGGUGUGGGAAUACAAACCAUCACAUAAUGGAGCAGGGAAAAAUGGAACAGGUUUGGAAGGCAAAGCUAAAGGUGACCAGCAAAAAGGUGGUAACAAGAAAGCAGCAACUGUAGAAACAGUCACCCAGAGUCAGCCAAAGGAGAAAAAUGGCAAGUCUUCAUUAGCUUUGGAAACACCACACCAGAUAUCUCUAGGACAACUGUGGUUAGAAUUAUUGAAGUUUUAUACACUGGAAUUUGCUUUGGAAGAAUAUGUUAUCAGCAUACGGGUACAAGAACUUUUAACCAGAGAGAACAAAAAUUGGCCUAAAAGGCGAAUAGCCAUUGAAGAUCCUUUUGCACUAAAAAGAAAUGUUGCACGGAGCCUGAAUAGCCAGAUGGUGUUUGAGUACAUCCUGGAGAGGUUCAGGACAGCAUAUAAGUAUUUUGCAUGUCCACAGAAUAAGGAUGGAAUUAAGUCCAAACCUGAUACCAAGAAAAAAGAAAAGGGAAACAUUGGUAGCAAAAAAACUGGAGAACUUGUAACCAAUUGUUGCCUUCAGCAGCAGGCAAACAUUGCGGAGAAACAGAACACAGAUAAUGGGUGCAUUGUACAAGCAUGUGAGUUUAAUGAAUGUAGUGAAAUGGAACCUACGUCCAGGAGACGUACUUCCAACAAAUUGGAUAGUUUGCUGGUAAAGAAACCUGAAGUUUUAAAUACAAAAUCUGAAGACCAAGAAGAAACUGUAUCCCUUAUAACUAGUGAAUGCUGUGAAUUAGAACAAAAAUCACUCAACACAAAAGAUGAUAAAGAGCCUUCAGUUGAAGAGGAGCUAAGCCACCAUUGCAUUUUUAGUGAACAUGUGUCCCAAGACACAGAUUCUUUUGAUGAACUAUCUGACACUAAAAGUAGACAGAAUUCAGAAAUGGAACAUUCACAAAAGAAUAUGUGCUCAGGCACUACCGCAUCAACUACCUCGCACAACUACCAAGCAGCAGGAGAAGUUCAAAAUACUAAAGAUGACGUUUCCACAGAAGAUAUGCAUUAUGUAUUUGAUAAAGUUAUUCUGACUUCUGGAAAGCCUCCAACAAUAGUAUGCAGUAUCUGCAAAAGGGAUGGCCAUUCCAAAAAUGACUGCCCAGAGGAUUUUAAGAAAAUUGAUCUGAAACCUCUACCACCAAUGACAAGUAGAUUUAGGGAAAUACUUGAUCUAGUCUGUAAAAGAUGCUUUGAUGAAUUGUCACCUCCUUUCUCAGAACAACAAAACAGAGAACAGAUUCUGGCAAGUUUGGAAAGGUUUAUUCGAAAAGAGUACAAUGACAAAGCCAGGUUAUGUCUGUUUGGCUCUUCAAAGAAUGGAUUUGGAUUCCGUGACAGUGACCUGGAUAUUUGCAUGACACUUGAAGGCCAUGAAAAUGCAGAGAAAUUAAAUUGUAAGGAAAUUAUAGAAAAUUUGGCAAAAGUUCUUAAGAAGCACCCAGGUUUAAGAAACAUUCUGCCUAUAACCACAGCCAAAGUGCCUAUAGUAAAAUUUGAGCACAGACGAAGUGGCUUAGAAGGAGAUAUCAGCUUAUACAAUACACUGGCGCAGCACAACACAAGAAUGCUUGCAACCUAUGCAGCCAUUGAUCCAAGGGUACAAUACUUGGGAUACACAAUGAAAGUUUUUGCAAAGCGCUGUGACAUUGGCGAUGCAUCCAGAGGGAGUCUGUCUUCAUACGCCUAUAUUCUUAUGGUGUUAUACUUCCUACAACAGAGAAAUCCACCAGUUAUCCCAGUUCUUCAAGAGAUAUUUGAUGGACAACAGAUCCCCCAGAGAAUGGUUGAUGGGUGGAAUGCUUUCUUCUUUGAUGAUACUGAAGAACUGAAAAACCGUUUACCUUCUCUUGGGAAAAACACAGAAUCACUGGGAGAACUCUGGUUAGGGUUACUGCGAUUUUACACUGAAGAGUUUGACUUCAAGGAAUAUGUCAUUAGCAUUCGACAGAAAAAGCUGUUAACCACCUUUGAGAAACAGUGGACAUCCAAAUGCAUUGCUAUUGAAGAUCCUUUUGACUUGAACCAUAACCUGGGUGCAGGAGUUUCCAGAAAAAUGACCAAUUUCAUAAUGAAAGCAUUAAUCAAUGGGAGAAAACUAUUUGGUACCCCUUUCUAUCCAGUACUGGGAAGAGAAGCUGAAUACUUUUUCAACUCGAAGGUAUUAACAGAUGGAGAACUGGCACCCAAUGACAGAUGCUGCCGUGUCUGUGGCAAAAUCGGCCACUACAUGAAAGACUGCCCGAAACGGAGGAGGUUGAAGAAAAAGGAGAAUGAGAGAGAAGAUGAAAAAGAAGUAAAGGAGGAAGACAGAGAGACAAGAGAAAAGAGGUGUUUUAUCUGUGGGGAUAUUGGACAUGUUAGAAGGGAUUGUCCUGAAUUCAAACAAACAAGACAAAGAAGCAAUGGUAUUGCAGCUGCUCAAUUAGUCCGAAGUCUUGUAAACUCACAGCAAGUGACUGGAUCAAUUCAGCAGCAAGGGGAAAGACCCUUGCGUACCAGACAGCCAUCAGAAUGUUCUGAUUCGCGCCAGUCAUCUUACUCUCCACAGCCUCAGCAGUUUACACAGAAUUCCUCUCCACCAACCUCCAUUAACCAGACUCAGCCACAACCAAUCUCCCAAUCCAAGCAUGCUCUGCAGCCCCAACAAGGGGCACAGCCAUCCCACCAGGUCCAGCUGCCUUUGUUUAACUUUCCCCAAUCUCCCCCAGGUCAGUAUUCUGCCUUGCAUAACCUGGGACUAUUUCAAAUGCACCAUCACCAACAUCAUCACCAAAUUCAACUUCCUAACACCUCGUGGCCUGUUAUUCACUCUGCACCGGGUAAUCCUGCUCAUUCUACAAGUGUUCCAUUUUCUGUGAGGGCUGGCAGUAGCAACCCACCCAGUAAUCCAAGCAGCGUAAACUUGAAUGAUCCCAGUAUCAUCUUUGCACAGCCUGCUGCCAGGCCUGUAGGAAUCCCCAGCAAUUCUCAUGAGGGACACUGGCACAACCCUGUGACUCUAAACUCACUGGUGAACAAUGGCACUGUGGGGAAUUCAGAUCAGAGCUUCCAAGGACAGUUUGGUAAAGUGAACCCUCCUCCUCCUCCUGUUCCUUGGGACCCCAGUGCCCCUGCCCAUUUUCCUCUACUUCGAGGGACGUGGCCUUACAGUAUGUCUCCAAACUACAUGCAACAGGGAAAUGCCAGCUAUCCACUGAACAAAUCUUUCUACCCUCAAGCUGGCUUACUGAUGCAGAACAACCAGCGCUUUUCUCUUCUGUCUCAAGGACACCCACACUUGAACAUGAAUUUUAUUCAACAGAAAAAAUGAAGUUUAAUUAAGAGGAUGGGAAGAAAUCAGGUUCUGGAUUAAAAUCUUAUUGGAUUAGAGAUUAUUUAAAAUUUUUAACUGUA